CGCGCGCGAAACCCCACCGCCAGCGAGCUGCAGCGGAAGACCACAGCGUCUGAAUGGAAUAUAGCCCGAGCUGGGACAAGGCUCACUUAACAGGUGGAAGAGGAGUACGACCAGAGACAUGGCCAAUGCAAUGAUGACCGACCGGGAGCGUGAGGCGAUCGUUAGCAAUCUAACCAGGGAUGUCCUGGCGCUCAAGGAGAUGGUGCGCAGCAGGGAAAGUGAGCUAGUCAAGCUGCACAGGGAGAUACACAAGCUGAAGAGCGUGCUGGAGCAGACCACCAAAAACCUGAACGUGACUCGGCAGCAGUCCAAGACCAAGCUCUACUCUCUGCCAGAGCAGUGCGGGGAGCAGGAACAGGGCAAGGAUCCCCAUGUCUGUGGAUCCUGCGGCAUGGUGCUGCCCUCCAGUCCGGCCUAUGCCAUGGAGGCGCUCUCUUUGAGUCCGCUGCCCACGACGGCGACGGCAGGGAGCUCCUCAGGCUCAUCCCCUGGAACGCCUUCUCCUUCCCCAACAGAAGCUACUACUUCAUUGGAAGUUCCAGCGGCGGAGCUAAGACCCAAGGCUAUACCGGCGGCCAUUAAGAAGCAGGGUGUCUCCGCCGAGAGCUGCGUUCAGUCCAUGCAGCAGUCCUACAGCAUACCCAUACCCAAGUACGACAAGGAUUUCAGUGACAAGCAACAGAUCAAAGAUGCCAUUAUGGACAAUGAUUUCCUCAAGAACAUCGAUGCCUCGCAGGUGCGCGAACUGGUGGACUCCAUGUACUCCAAGAGCAUUGCCGCCGGUGAGUUUGUGAUCCGAGAGGGCGAGGUGGGCGCCCAUCUGUACGUCUCCGCCGCUGGGGAAUUCGCCGUGAUGCAGCAGGGCAAGGUGCUGGACAAGAUGGGGCCGGGCAAGGCCUUCGGAGAGCUGGCAAUCCUAUACAAUUGCACCAGGACGGCGUCCAUAAGGGUCCUCAGCGAGGCGGCACGUGUUUGGGUGCUCGAUCGUCGGGUCUUCCAGCAGAUUAUGAUGUGCACGGGUCUGCAGCGGAUCGAGAAUAGUGUGAACUUCCUGCGCUCAGUGCCGCUGCUGAGAAAUCUCAGCGAGGAGCUGCUGGCCAAGAUAGCGGAUGUCCUGGAGCUGGAGUUCUAUGCCGCCGGCACCUACAUCAUCCGUCAGGGCACUGCCGGCGACAGCUUCUUCCUGAUCUCGCAGGGCAAUGUCCGGGUGACCCAGAAGUUGACGCCUUCGUCUGCGGAGGAGACGGAGCUAAGGACUUUGGCCCGAGGAGAUUACUUCGGCGAGCAGGCGCUGAUCAAUGAGGACAAGCGGACGGCAAAUAUCAUUGCCCUUCCGCCGGGCGUAGAGUGCCUCACCCUGGACAGGGACUCCUUCAAGCGUCUCAUUGGGGAUCUCUGCGAGCUGAAGGAGAAGGACUAUGGCGAUGAGAGCCGCAUGCUGGCCAUGAAGCAGGCCCAGCACAGCCCAGACGGCGAGGAGGCCAAGGAGCAGCAGCAGCAGCAGCUGCAGCAGGAGUUCCCCGACCUCAAGCUCACGGAUCUCGAGGUUGUCAGCACCCUGGGCAUCGGGGGCUUUGGCCGGGUGGAGCUGGUCAAGGCCCAUCAUCAGAACAGGAUCGAUACCUUCGCCUUGAAGUGCCUGAAGAAGCGACACAUUGUGGACACCAAGCAGGAGGAGCACAUCUACAGCGAGCGCCACAUCAUGCUCAGCUCCAAGUCCCCGUUCAUCUGCCGCCUGUACCGCACUUUCAGGGACGAGAAGUACGUCUACAUGCUGCUCGAGGCCUGCAUGGGCGGCGAGAUCUGGACGAUGCUCCGCGACCGAGGCUCCUUCGAGGACAAUGCCGCCCAAUUCAUCAUCGGCUGCGUGCUGCAGGCCUUUGAGUACCUCCAUGCCCGCGGCAUCAUCUAUCGGGAUCUGAAGCCCGAGAACCUGAUGCUGGACGAGCGUGGCUAUGUCAAGAUCGUGGACUUUGGCUUUGCCAAACAAAUAGGCACUAGUGCCAAGACGUGGACUUUCUGCGGUACGCCUGAGUAUGUGGCACCAGAGAUCAUCCUUAACAAGGGUCACGACCGGGCUGUGGACUACUGGGCCCUGGGAAUCCUCAUCCACGAGCUGCUGAACGGGACUCCUCCCUUUAGUGCCCCUGAUCCCAUGCAGACAUACAACCUCAUCCUUAAGGGCAUCGACAUGAUCAACUUUCCCAAGCACAUGUCCCGCUGGGCGGUGCAGCUCAUCAAGCGUCUCUGUCGUGAUGUACCCUCGGAGCGGCUUGGCUACCAAACGGGAGGCAUUCAGGACAUUAAAAAGCACAAAUGGUUCCUGGGCUUCGAUUGGGACGGCCUGACCAGCCAGCUUCUGAUCCCGCCCUUCGUGCGACCAAUUGCACAUCCCACGGAUGUGCGAUACUUUGACCGCUUCCCCUGCGAUCCCAACGAGCCGCCGGACGAGCUCUCCGGUUGGGAUGCCGACUUCUAGAGCCAGUCCUAGCCUUACCCUCUAGACCUAGCCACGUUUUUGUUACAUUUAUUAUAUUUUUUCGUAGAAGGAGGAGGAAGAAAUCACAUACCAGAAACCCAUCUCAAUAAAUACACCCUACAAUUUCA